CUUCCUCAUUUCUUUUUGCAUUUAGCUUUGUGAGGUUCGGCCUCUGCCUCUCCCUAAUUUUCUGUUCCUCCAGGUUCUGAAACUCCCAGCUUCCACAAAGCCCGAAUAUUUCUUUUUCCCCUUGAUCCUCUACCCGAACAUUCAUGCGGCAACAGGCGUUUAUUCUCUAACCUUUGACAUUCAUGUCUCCUGUACUCAGCGAAGUCCUCCUCUCCGGUUUCACAAUCAGCUCCACCCUCCGCCGUACCCACUUGAUGCAAUCUUUCUCUGUUGUAUUCCUCUACUGGUUCUAUGUUUUCUCAUGAACUCAUAAAACCAUCAUAUUUACAUUAUUUUCAUUGACCAAAAGACUUCUUUGUCGUAAGUUCAUUAUCCAUAUAAUACUCCUACCCUUUAUUAUUUGCUUAUCUAAAAGACUGCAGAGUAGUAUUUUGCAAGAGAUUUUGUACUUUUUGGCAUAUAUUUUGCGCCAUGUCUUGUACCAGCGGAAAUUCAUCAGGGCCAAGCCAGAUUCAGAAUUCGGGGUCCGAUGAAGAUCCCCAACAAAUUAUGGACCUAAGAAAACGCAAAAGAAUGAUAUCCAACCGGGAAUCUGCUAGGCGAUCAAGGAUGAAGAAACAGAAGCACUUGGAUGAUAUGAUGGCCCAGGUGAAUCAAGUGAAGAACGAGAAUAAUCAAAUUCUCACCAAUAUCAACCUUACAAAUCAGCUUUAUCUGAACAUUGAAUCUGAAAAUUCUGUCCUAAGAGCUCAGCUGGCUGAACUCAGCCACAGGCUAGAGUCCCUCAAUGAUAUCAUUAACUGCUUGAAUGCUACAACGAAUUCACCAGUUCUUGAAACACAGGACUCUGCUUUUGAUUAUCAGAUGAUGAGUGCUUUUGAUCAUGAUUUCUUCAACCCCUGGAAUUUACUCAGUGUAAAUCAGCCCAUCAUGGCUUCUCCAGAUGUUCUCAUGUACUGAUUCCUUCGGAGAAGUGAUCCAUUGCUUCGGUGUUUGGCUUGCUGAUGAUCGGGGUUGUAGACUUCUGGGUGCUUAGUGAAAUUGAACUAGAAUGUUGUCCUUGGUUUGUAAUUGAAACGAUUAUGUAUAUUAUGGUUGAUGUACUGCCAUUGCGAAUGCAAGUAAUUUUCUAAAUAUUAGAACAAAAUUCAAAGUCCAUUAUUGAGUGGA